CCCAAGACCAUUCCUCCCCUCUCCUCUUCUUCCCCCUCACGUCUCCAUCACUUUCUUCCACUUCUCCCGCAUUUACACACCACCGCACCAGCUAGCUAGCCACACUCCCACUGCCAUCUCUCUCACAGGCUCACACGCUCAGCACCGCACUGCACUCCCGUCGCUCUCGGCCAUGGCGUCCUACAGGCUGCUCGUGAUCCUGGUCUUCUCCGCGCUCCUCCUCGACGUCGCAGUCGCCGACACCUACCCGGCCGACUGCCCCUACCCGUGCCUCCUGCCGCCGCCCACGCCCCCGGCCUCCAGCGCCGACUGCCCGCCGCCACCCUCCUCGCCGUCCGGCUCCGGCUCCGGCUACGCGUACCCACCUCCGUCGUCCUCCGGGAACUCCCCGCCGACGCCGUCGUCCUGGAGCUACCCGCCGCCCUCUGGGGGCUACAUUCCCGGCUUCUACCAGCCUCCCGCCGGCGGGGGAGGUGGUGGUGGCGGAGGCGGAGGAGGGGGUGGCAACUUCGGGCCUGCGCCACCGCCGCCCAACCCCAUCCUGCCGUGGUACCCCUGGUACUACCGGUCCCCGCCGUCCUCGUCCGCGACCAGGGGCAGCGCCUCGGCGGUCGCGCUCUGCUUGGUGGCCGCCGUAACUGCCACUGCUGCCCUCGUCGGUUACUAGUAUGAUCACCCAUCAGUUACUAGCUAAGCUAGCUAGCACUCCAACAUUUUUCCUUCCCGUUCGUAGUCUAUUCUUGAUAUAUACUCCAUAUGUAUAAUGGGGCACCAUUAAUAUUUAUGUGUAUGAUCACCCAUCGUACUCAUCAACUCAUGUGUAUUGGUUCAUUGCUCAGCUGGCUUUUGGGUAGUGAGUGGAGCGACUAUAUAUUGCUGGCUAUAGUUUCUUGGGAGCAUAAUAUAUGUGGCUAGUGAUCGCAAGAAUCUUGUGCCUUUCCUCA